UACCGCAGAGCGAGCGAACACCAAGUGUGACAGCCUUUGUUGCCUACUCACCUCUCUAUUGACCUACACUUUCAAACAUACACACAAGGCCUACAGGAAUAUCUGGAUUACGGCCAAUCAGAGAGGUCCCGCCCCUGACCAUCUCUGAAUGGUUUAAACCACGAUAUGUGGAUAAUGUGUGUCUGUUGUUAAUCACAUGGAGACUUUCAGAGUUGCUGAGACUUUAAAUUUUUUUUUUAGUCGCAGCAUUGAGAAAUUAGGUCACAUGUGCAACCAAGUUGGUCGCACUCUGGAGCCCUGAAGUACUUAAAGCGUGAAGUUAACGAGCAACAAACCAAUCUGCUGCUGGCUGCUGUAUGGUUCUCCUGUUCGUUCUCCUGGUUCUAACAGUGUCUAUCUGGUAAUUUUCAGGGUCCUCUUCGGUCUCCUCCAUGGUGAGCUUCAGUCGGGCCUCUGAGGAUGUUCCCGUUCCUCCUCCUGUUCCUCCCCGCAGACGACCGGAGUCGGCUCCUGCUGAGUCUUCCCCCUCCAAGAUGGUGUCAAAGCUGGACAGCCCCCCAGCCAUUCCACCUCGUCAGCCCACCUGUAAGCUCCACCCCUCUCGUUACUCGUCACUGUCAUCAUCACCACCUGACAGCCCCCCCUCCCUGCCUCCACGAGAGCCCCUCAGCUCCCCUCUACACCUCCUGCCCCCCCCUCAGGGUCGUCCCCGCUGUGACCUCCUGCCUCAGGCUUUCUUCCCCCCAACAUCUCUGGCCCAACUUCCAUUUGCUCCACCCCCACCACAUUGUCCUCCUCACCCCCUCUCCCUGCUCCUGUCACCCCCACCUCCAGGAAAUUACCCCUGCCUUCUCCACCCCUCCCCCCACUCCCUCCCCUCACCUUGGAUGGCCCCCCUGUGCCUCCACGUCACAGUGUUCCCAAACUCCCCCCAAAGACAUACAAGAGGGAUUCUGUUGGACACGCCCCCAUGCUGGACACGCCCUCUGUGCGAUUGGACAGCCUGGAGUUCCAGAGGGUUCAGGGACAGCUGAUUGGACAGGCUGUGGAGGAGACUGAGUUAACACUACAGCUGAUUGGAUCAGAAGAAAGUAAAAAUGUGUGAUGGACCAAUCAGGAAGCUCUGACUGCUUCGAACUGAGACUGACUGUAAAACAAAAAUGUGCUCUUAUUCUGAACAUCUCUGAGCUCAGACCUCAGAGGGACGAGACCCUCAGGUACUGGCCUGGAGCCACACAGGUACUGCAGUGGUUCAGGUGGACCUGAUGAAGAAGAUGGUGGUGAUGUCAUUAUUAGUGAUGUAAACAAAAACAAGGGAAUAAACAUUUCUUUCACUGAGCUCGAAGAAA